GUCCCCCGGUGUUUCCUUUCCUUUUCCUUUUUGAAUGUGCAACCUUGGUCUUAUCUUCUUUUUGUUUAUUUGGUCUUCAGCCACAGCUACCAUCUUGAAGUUACAAUUCUCUGGAUCGAUCAUUCAAGCUACCCGUCUUCCAACCAUUCUUCUUCCAAAUUGCAAAUGGCUUCUUCUUCAACCAGUCUCUCAGUAGCUUCUUCCUCUUCCACCCAUCCAUGGAAGUAUGAAGUCUUCCUUAGUUUCAGAGGAGAAGACACCCGCAAAAGCUUUACUGAUCAUCUUCACAAGGCGCUUCGUCGAUGUGGAAUCCACGCUUUCAUAGAUGACCGACUCAGGAGAGGCGAACAAAUAUCUUCAGCACUCCUAAGGGCAAUUGAAGAAUCAAGGUUUUCCAUCAUCAUUUUCUCCGAACACUAUGCUUCUUCAAGUUGGUGUUUGGAUGAACUUACAAAGAUUCUUCAGUGUGUCAAAGAGGGAAGACAUACAGCUUUUCCUGUUUUCUAUAAUGUAGAUCCCUCUCAUGUAAGAAAACAAGAAGGGAGUUAUGGAGUAGCAUUUACAAAGCAUGAACAAGUUUACAGGGACAACAUGGAGAAAGUGGUCGAGUGGAGAAAAGCUCUAACUGUGGCAUCCAAUCUUUCUGGAUGGGAUUCACGAGAUAAACAUGAAUCCGAGGUUAUUAAGGAAAUUGUUUCCAAGAUCUGGAAAAAACUGAAUGAUGCAUCCUCAUGCAACAUGGAGGCUCUAGUUGGAAUGGCUUCUCAUAUACAGAACAUGGUUUCAUUAUUACGUAUUGGGUCAGAUGAUGUUCGGAUGGUAGGAAUUUGGGGCAUGGCUGGCAUAGGUAAGACUACCAUUGCUGAGGCUGUUUAUCAGAAAAUUCGCACUCGAUUUGAAGGUUGUUGCUUUCUUUCAAAUGUUAGAGAAAAAUCACAAAAAAAUGAUCCAGCUGUUAUACAAAUGGAACUCCUUUCACAAAUUUUUGAGGAAGGAAAUCUAAAUACAGGAGUUCUCAGUGGAGGAAUCAACGUUAUAGAAAAAACACUUCACUCCAUGAGAGUCCUUAUUGUUCUUGAUGAUGUGGAUUGCCCACAACAAUUGGAGGUUUUAGCUGGAAAUCAUAACUGGUUUAGUCCAGGAAGUCGAAUUAUCAUCACAACCAGAGAAAAGCAUUUGCUAGAUGAGAAAGUGGAAAUAUAUGUGGCUAAGGAAUUAAACAAAGAUGAAGCUCGUAAGCUCUUUUAUCAGCAUGCCUUUAAAUAUAAACCUCCUGUAGGAGAUUUUGUACAACUAUGUGACCGUGCCCUAAAUUAUACAAAGGGCAUUCCCUUAGCCCUUAAAAUCUUGGGUCGUUUUUUAUACAAUAGAAGCAAAAAGGAAUGGGAGAGUGAAUUGGAAAAACUUAGAAGAAUUCCAAACAAAGAGAUUCAAGAUGUGUUGAGAAUAAGUUUUGAUGGAUUAGAUGAUAAUCAAAAGGAUAUAUUUCUCGACAUCGCAUGCUUCUUUAAAGGGCAAGACAAAGAUUACGUCAUAAAACUACUGAAAAGUUGUGAUUUCUUUCCAGAAAUUGAAAUACGUAAUCUUAUAGAUAAGUCUCUCGUAACUAUUUCAUAUAAUAAGUUGUGCAUGCAUGAUUUGAUACAAGAAAUGGGAUGGGAAAUUGUUCGGCAAGAAUCUAUUAAAGACCCCGGCAAACGCAGCAGGUUGUGGGUUAAUGAUGAUGUCAUUGAUAUGCUAACAACAAAUACAGGGACUGAAGCAGUUGAAGGCAUGGUCCUUAACUUGUCUACUUUGAAAGAGCUACACUUCAGUGUUAAUGUCUUCACAAAGAUGAACAAAUUAAGAGUGCUCAGAUUCUAUGAUGCACAAAUAUGGGGAAGUUCUUGGAUAGGGAGACACAAUGAUCGCUAUAAAAGUCCAUACACUGAAUGUAAAUUCCAUCUUUCUGGGGAUUUUAAAUUUCUGUCCAACCACUUAAGAUCUCUCCACUGGGAUGGAUACCCUUUGAAGUCCCUUCCAUCAAAUUUUCAUCCUGAGAAGCUUCUCGAGUUGAAAAUGUGCUUUAGUCAGCUUGAACAACUAUGGGAAGGAAACAAGUCAUUUCAGAAGUUAAAGUUCAUCGAACUUAGCCACUCUCAACAUCUUAUCAAAACACCAGACUUCUCUGGAGCUCCAAAGCUCAGGAGAAUAAUUCUUGAAGGUUGUACAAGUUUAGUCAAGGUUCACCCAUCCAUUGGAGCUCUCAAGAAGCUUAUUUUCCUGAAUUUAGAAGGCUGCAAGAACCUCAAGAGUUUCUCGAGCAGCAUCCAUCUGGAGUCUCUUCAAACUAUUACUCUCUCUGGCUGCUCAAAACUGAAGAAAUUUCCAGAGGUCCAGGGAGCCAUGGAUAAUUUACCAGAGCUUUCUUUAAAAGGGACUGCUAUAAAAGGAUUGCCAUUGUCCAUUGAAUAUCUGAAUGGACUUUCUUUAUUAAAUCUGGAAGAGUGCAAAAGCCUUGAGUCAUUACCGGGCUGCAUUUUUAAGUUGAAGUCCCUGAAAACUCUUAUUCUUUCAAACUGCUCUAGACUGAAGAAGCUUCCAGAGAUACAGGAAAAUAUGGAGAGUUUGAAAAAGCUUUUUCUAGAUGACACUGGUCUAAGAGAGCUACCUUCAUCAAUUGAGCAUCUAAAUGGGCUUGUUUUGUUGAAGCUGAAAAAUUGUAAAAAACUUGCAAGUCUUCCGGAAAGCAUUUGUAAGCUGACGUCUCUUCAGACUCUUACUCUCUCUGGUUGUUCAGAACUGAAGAAAUUGCCAGAUGACAUGGGGAGCCUACAAUGUUUAGUAAAGCUCAAAGCAAAUGGAACUGGUAUACAAGAGGUACCCACCUCUAUUACUCUUUUGACAAAGCUUGAAGUAUUAUCAUUAGCAGGAUGCAAGGGAGGGGAAUCUAAGUCAAGGAAUCUGGCUUUAUGUUUGCGCUCAUCACCAACAAAAGGAUUGCGACCGUCUUUUUUGCCUGUUCUAUACUCCUUGAGAAAGUUGAAUUUAAGUGGCUGCAACCUAUUGGAAGGAGCCCUACCCAGUGAUCUUAGCUCCUUAUCUUGGUUGGAAUGUUUAGAUCUGAGUAGAAACAGUUUCAUCACCGUGCCUAACCUCAGUCGACUUCCUCGACUCAAAAGGCUCAUAUUGGAACACUGCAAGAGUCUUCGAUCUUUGCCAGAGCUUCCAUCAAAUAUUGAAAAAUUAUUGGCCAAUGAUUGCACAUCCCUGGAAACCUUUUCAAAUCCAUCAAGUGCAUAUGCAUGGAGGAACUCCAGACAUUUAAACUUUCAAUUUUAUAAUUGCUUCCGACUAGUGGAGAAUGAGCAGAGUGACAAUGUGGAAGCUAUCUUACGGGGAAUUCGGCUUGUUGCAUCAAUAUCGAACUUUGUGGCUCCGCAUUAUGAACUUAAGUGGUAUGACGCUGUUGUUCCUGGGAGUAGCAUUCCAGAGUGGUUCACCGAUCAGAGCCUGGGGUGUUCAGUAACUGUAGAGCUGCCUCCACAUUGGUGUACUACCAGGUUGAUGGGAUUGGCUGUUUGUUUUGUUUUCCACCCAAACAUCGGCAUGGGUAAGUUCGGCCGUUCUGAAUAUUUUAGUAUGAACGAAUCUGGAGGCUUCUCUCUCCACAACACGGCUUCCACGCAUUUUUCAAAAGCUGACCACAUCUGGUUUGGGUAUCGACCCCUUUAUGGAGAGGUUUUCAGCCCGAGCAUCGAUCACCUGAAGGUUUCCUUUGCUGGAUCCAAUCGUGCCGGCGAAGUGGUGAAAAAGUGUGGGGCUCGUCUGGUAUUUGAGCAAGAUGAACCAUGUGGCCGGGAGGAGGAGAUGAACCAUGUACAUGAAGAUUGGUUGGAGGUCCCAUUUUACAUUCCAAGACACAGUUGGCUGGUCGUAGUAGAGGCCUGCAGAAGUAGUCUCCAAACAUGAUGGUACAGCUGCACCCAAAAUUCUAAGGCAUGCAAAGAAUUGGAUGGAGGCAAAAGUUAGUGGGAAAGUUGGCAUUAAGGUUCUCUGCUUUCACACCAGGUCCAUCUUCUCUCUCCCAUUUCACUCCCUUGAAGUCGAUUUCUCUAUCAUUUUUCACUGCAUGAAGAAAUGGUUUCUCUCUGCUUUGGACAUUGGAUCUAGUGUGACUGAAAACGAGGAUCCUGGUGUAGAAACAGUAGUUAUUGUUGUUGAGGACAUUAGUUUGGUUUGUUAAUGCAGCAAAUGAAUAGUCUAUUAAUUUGGCAAUGCAGUUGCUGCUUGGUUUAUUAUUUAUUGAUAUUCCCAGUAUUUAGUUUAUUGAUUUUGUAAUCGGGACGAUAUUUAGUUUAAUAAUUAUGUGUGCUUACAAUUAUUAAAAUAUGGAUAGAAGCAAUAAAAGGCCAUCACAAAUUUAUUCAUACUCUGGUAAUUAAGUUAUACCUCCAUAUGGAACUUGCCCUUAAUAUAACAGUGUAGAAGUGAGUGUCGUAGUUGUAGUUAUAGUUGUAACAAAUGUCCUAAGGUCUGCAAGGGUAGGUUUUCUAAUGGAAGCAUUUGUAAGCUGACGUCUCUUCAGACUCUUAUACUCUCUCUGGUUGCUCAGAUCUGAAGAAAUUGCCAGAUGACAUGGGGAGCCUACAAGGGUUAGUAAAGCUCGAAGCAAAUGGAAUUGGUAUACAAGAGGUACCCACCUCUAUUACUCUUUUGACAAAGCUUCAAGUAUUAUCAUUAGCAGGAUGCAAGGCAGGGGAAUCCAAGUCAAGGAAUCUGGUUUUAUCUUUGCGCUCAUCACCUACAGAAGGAUUGCCACUGCCUUCUUUGUCGGGUCUAUGCUCCUUGAAAAUAUGUUGAUGAAUAAGUGACUGCAACCUAUUGGAAGGAGCCCUACUCAGUGAUCUUGGCUCCUUAUCUUCAUUGGGACGUUUAGAUCUGACAAGAAACAGUUUCAUUGCCGUGCCUUGUAGCCUCAAAAGGCUCACACUGGAACAACACUGCAAGAGUCUUCAAUCAUUGCCAGAGUUUCCAUCAAGUAUUGAAGAUUUAUGGGCCAAUGAGUGCACAUCCCUGGGAACUUUGGGGCUCUGGUUUGGUUAUCGACCUCUUUGGGGCUCUGGUGGAAACCAGAGCAACACUUUGAAGGUUUCAUUUUCUAUAUAUACAUAAUUGUUUGUUAAGAAUAUAAAAUAUUUUUCAACAGGUUUUCUUUA